AUGGAAGGGACCAUCAAGCAGGAGAUCAAGCAGGAGUGCAUCGAAAAUGGAGACGCCACCUCGCCGCUGGGUAACCUGGAUCCCCAUCGAUUGCGUGACAUGGUAGUCGAUCAGCAGCCUUUCCCGCCCCCUCAGCACCAGUCGAUUCAGACGAUGCCCGCGCCAGGGCAGAUGGGCUGGCAACCACCGGACGGUGGAAAUCCACCCCCGCCGAUGAGACCGCAUCAGAUGCAGGGAAUGCCGAUGGAUCAACACCAACAAAUGCAGCCGCAGCAGCAGACGCCGCAGGGAUCCAUUCCACCGCAAUCACCCAUGGGUAGUCCCCAGCAGAUGCCGAUGCAGCAGCAACCCGGUGGGCCACAGUUUGAAGGCGGUCAGCCAGGGCAACCCUUCUACCCGGGCCCUCCGCACCCCCAUCAACAGAUGCCACCACAGAGUCCGGCGACGACGAUGAACACCCCAGGAGGUCCAAUGCCCUCGCCAGGAUAUCAGCAACAGCAACGGAUGAUGGGAAUGCCGCCACCAGGGCAAGGAGCGGCUGGGACACCCGGUGGACCGCCGCUUCAUCCACAGCAAUAUCCGGCUGGAUAUCCCAUGCAAAAUGGACAGUGGGCGCAGGGCGCCCCGUACCCAGCUGGCGCGCAGCGGCCCCCAGGCCCUCCUCAAGGAAUGCAGCAACAACCCCGAAUGCCAAUGCACCGCCCGAUGGGCCCGUUUCCAGGUGGACCAGGCGGCUACCCUCCAGGGAUGCCGCAGAAUCCGGCGGCUUUUCGUGGUGGACCGAUGGUACGGCCCGGGCAAUAUCCACCGGGUGCGCAUCCGGCCGGCUAUGGUUACCCGGGACAGCCACCCCAAGGAUAUCCUCCACAGCCAAUGCCCGCCUACCAGCGACCACCACAGAGCCAGCCGAUGCGGCCGUACAUCAAUUCGCCGUCGAUGAACCCGGCCGAGGCCCAGUCU